AUGAUGCUGUGCUGGACGGGCUUCCUCGUCUUUGAUUAUCGUCGCAAGGUCAAGUACCCUACCCUACUGACAUCUCUGGGCAUGCUCUGCCAUGUCAUCCCCGCACUGACUCUCUACACCACCUGCCGUCUCGCCGAGCAGGCCCCCAACGGCGCUGACGUCUGGUUCGUAUUCCUCCUCGUCUUCCGCUACUGGCGCACCGCCGUCCAGAUCUUCUUCUGGUUCCAUUACGCGCCCGUCCGCCCCUCGCGCGCCGACGCCAUGAAGCCGCGAGACUGCACCGUCGUGCUGCCCACCGUUGGCCCGGCCGGCAACCCCGUCUUCGAGGACCUGGUUGCGUCGAUCCUGGCCAACGCGCCCGCCCGCGUCGUCUUCUCGACGAACACCCGCGCCGCGGCCACGGGCGUCGAGCGCUUCCUGCGCGCCUUCCGCCCGCGCUACGAGGCGGGCCUGACGGCGUACCAGCGCCGCAACGGCCUCCCAGCAACGCCCGUCUCCUCUGCAAUUGAAGUCAUCGACGUGGGCCGGUCCAGCAAGCGCCGCCAGGUGGUCGCGGGCCUCACGCACGCGCACACGGCUAUCGUGGUCUCCGCCGACGACACCGCCGAGUGGACGCCGGCCUGGCUCGUCGAGGCGCUCGCCGCCUUCAACGACCCCGCUGUCGGCCUCGUCGGGACCCGCAAGUGGGUGAAGGACCUGGCGGCGCCCGCUGUCGACCCCGUGGACGGCGUGCUCUACAACGCCUGGCUGCGCUGGUACGCGCGCUUCUGGAACGUGAUGGGCGGCGUGUACCUGAUCCGGCACAACUUCGAGAUCCGUUCGUGCAACGCGGCCGACGGCGGCGUGUUCUGCGUGUCGGGCCGCUCGAGCCUGAUCCGCCGGGCGAUUCUGACUCCAGAGUUCCAGCACGCGUUUACGCACGAGUACGUGCUCGGGUGCGGCCCCGUGCAGGCCGACGACGACAACUUCAUCACGCGCUGGGUGCUGCGGCACGGCUGGGCGGUGAAGAUGCAGUGCCAGCGCGAGGCGACCAUGAGCACCGCGCUGGGCGCGUACCCGCGCGAGUUCAAGUUCCCGGCGCAGUGCCGGCGCUGGUCGCGCUCGACGUUCCGGCAGAACCCCAUUGCGCUGCUCGUCGACCGCGAUAUCUGGUGGGUGUGGCCGCUGAGCGUGUGGACGACGUACAUUCCGUGGCUGUACAACACGGCGCUGGUGUGGGACGCACUGGCUCUGUUCACGUUCACGCGCAGCACCUGGUUUGCCGAGGCCGCGCACCCGUGGAUGGUGCUGCUGGCGCUCGCGUACGCCAUCCAGCUCACCAAGCUAGUCAAGACGGCUCCGUGGUGGUGGGCGCACCCGUGGGAUUUCCUGCUGUUCUUCGUGGUGCCUGCGUAUCCGCUGUUCGCGUACUGGCAUUCGCUGCUGAAGAUCUACACGGCAUUUACGUGCCUGGACAUGGAGUGGUCGGGCCGUACGCUGCCGCAGACGGAGGAGAAGAAGGCAAAGGCUGAGUAG